UGCGACAAGGCAAAACUAAAGAAAAACUUAAGAGAAAAAAAAUUUUUUUGUUACAUUUGCGAUAAAUCAUUUUAUAAUAAAUCACGUUUAAAAAAACACGUACUACUUCAUUCUGGAAAAGACCUCUACAAUAGCACAAAAAAAAAUAAUAAGUAUUUAAAACAAACCUUGAAAUUGCACACCGGAAAAAAGCCAUUCAUAUGUGAUAUCUGUGGUCAAGCGUUAUCUCAUUCAUCAACUUUAACAGCGCAUACAAGGAGACACACCGGAGAAAAACCAUUCAAAUGUGGUAUCUGUGAUCAAGCGUUUUCUCAAUUAUCAACUUUAAAAGCGCAUACAAGGACACACACCGGAGAAAAACCAUUCAAAUGUGGUAUCUGUGGUAAAGCAUUUUCUCAAUCACAAAAUUUAACAAGGCAUACAAGGACACACACCGGAGAAAAACCAUUCAAAUGUGGUAUCUGUGGUCGAGCGUUUUCUCUCUUACAAUCUUUAAAAACACACACAAGGUCACACACAGGAGAAAAACCAUUCAAGUGUGAUAUCUGUGGUCAAAGGUUUUCUCAUUCACAAAGAUUAAAAAGUCACACGAUGUCACACAUCGGAGAAAAACCAUACAAAUGUGAUAUCUGUGGUCGAGCGUUUACUCAAUCAACACAUUUAACAUCGCAUACGAUGACACACACCGGAGAAAAACCAUUCAAAUGUGAUAUCUGUGGUCGAGCGUAUUCUCAUUUACAAUCUUUAAAAAGACACAAAAAGACACACACCGGAUAAUAGCCAUUCAUAUGCGAUAUCUGUAAUUAAGAAUUUUUUUCGAUCAACAAAUUUAACAGUGCAUACAAGGACACACAGCGGGGAAAACCCAUUCAAAUGUGAUAUCUGUGGUCAAGCGUUUUCUCAACCAUUAACUUUUGUGUGAAAUGUAUCAAUUAACUUCCUAUAAA